AUGCGGAAGGACACGCGCUCAAACUCGACGACCAACACUAUGUCAACCUACCUCCCCGACAUCUUUCUUCGCAAUGCUGAACGGUUUCCCGACCACGACUUCCUAGUCGAAGAUAAACAAUCUACUCUAAGUUAUGCACAAGCUUAUUUCAUAGCUGUGGGUCUCCUUCCAAAUCGUCUUCUCCAGCUACACCCCUCGUUAGCAGCAUCUAGCCACAGUAACGUCAUCGUCAUCCUGUCGCCCAACAAUUCACUUGUCCCCCUUGCCAUGUUUGCUCUUUGGGAGCUAGGUGCAAAGGUUGUACCACUUAGCACUGUUGCUGACCCCUCCCUCUGGGCUGGAAUGAUCAACCUCGUCAAUCCAGAUCUCAUUCUCGUUGCGUCUAGCCUUCGGAACUCCCUGCUACAUUCCCUGAAGGAAUUUGGAUUGCAUGCAAAGUAUUCCGCCAUGAUCAACAUAUCUAGUUUGAUUCCCAAAGAACAUCUCUCCCCAUUUUUCAUGUCCACGGACGAACGUGUUUCGAACUACGCCCCAAGUUUCAUAAAAUGGCUUGACCUCGAAAUUCCCAACUUCCGGACCUCACCGUUCCCAACGCGAAUACAUUCCAUGGUCCAAUCCGAUACUCCAGCUAUCACAUUAUUCACAAGCUCUGCCAUAGAUUGGUUGUCUCUAAAAUGUGUUACAUACACCCACGAGAUGCUUGCUCAUUCAGGACGUCGCGCUAUGCUCAUGUUAGGAGGUUCGCCAUACAAAUCAAAGCCAAAGCGACACCUGGGCUGGCUACCUCUUUCCCACUGCUUUGAAUUCUGUAUAACAUUCUGUGGUGUUGUCCUUCAAACUGCAGGGGCUUACAUCUUCUUCGACCGCAUACUCUCCUCUCCAGAAGCCUCCUCUACAACCCGGAUUGCCACCUUUCUUCUAGCGGGAUUGGAAUAUUAUGCACCAGUGACAGCGUUCGCUGCCACCCCGGCCAUUUUUAACGAUAUCAUUGCACAAUGUGGACAAAACGACAUUGAACGCCUUAGAGCCCUUGACUCUGUUGGCAUCGGAGGGGCUCCCACCAUCGAAAGUGUUUUCCAAUGGGCGGCGUCAAACAAUAUCACUUACUUCGACUGUUCUGGUGCAACAGAAGCUGCAGGAACGAUUGCAAUCCGACGCACCGCAGAUGUAUCGCAGCGGAAGAAUGGAUUGCAAGUUAUUCCUGAAUUAAUGGGAAUGCUUCAGAAAGAAAGCACAACAGACACACACGGAGAACUUAUCAUCAAGGGCAAACAUCUCCCUAUUGGGUACGAUUAUCGCGAGACGGAAGCAUACUCUUUCGACACAGUCACCGGAGUCACAACAUAUCGAACCGGGGACCUGUAUAGUCACCCUUCACAUAUACCCGCUUUUAGCUUCCUCAUUGGCGAUGAAGUACCCGAUUUUGAUGCUGACCGGCCAGCACUCUCAGGUCUCACUUACCUUGGUCGCAUCGAUGACAUGAUUGUUCUGAAAUCUGGUAUCAAGAUUGAUGCUUUGGCUUUUGAGCGCGUCUUAGAUUCUUUGCCCCAUGUUGAGCGCUCCGCCAUUAUGCCAAACACAACGGGGGACGCCAUCAUCGCCCUCAUCCAGCCACAUACAGAAUACUUGUCGCACCUUUUUCAUGAUACCCUCAUCAAUUCUGUUUUGGAGGUUAACAUCUCUAUCGCAUUCGAGAAGCGACUCCGGCGAGAAUGCAUUUUCCUCGUGAACGACCUUCCAACUACGACGAAACAUACUUUGAACCGAAAAAUGCUGAAGAAGAUCCUCAAGGAAUGUGACACUGAUGACAACUUUGCACGUCGACUAACUCUUCCUAGCGACAUUCCUCCAGUUGAAUUCAGCUGCUCUUCUGUGACUUCGACUACACGAGUCCGCCUUGCCCGUAUUUUAUCACACAUUUACAGCAUCCCUGAAAGCCAUUUCGCGGACCGGGUCUCUUCUCUGUCUGACAUCCCACUCACCUCCCUUUCGGCCAUUAAAUUGGCUCAAGCUCUUCACGACGAAUUCUCUGUCAACAUUACAGCAGCACAGCUAUACGCAGUACACAACAUUGAAGAUCUCUGCCAUCUCCUCAUCCCAACGACUCCGCUCACAGAAGUCAGGGGCCCAUUGGACCCGGCAAGCAGCGAUUCAGAGGCCAACUCCAAUAAAAUACAAGGAGAAGGACAAUUUCAGGAAAUCGUUGCUACCGGCGCUGCCUGCAGGUUCGCGGGUGGGAUUGAUUCGAUGGAAGCAUACUGGUCAGCCCUCCUGUCGCCCGACAUCUUUGUGAAAAACUUGUCACGGACCCGUCCAGAAUCAAGAUGGCCAAAGGGACGCAAAGACGAAGCAUCCUUCUUCCCGAUGGGCUGGCUCAAUGACUCGGAGAUCGACAACUUAAAAUCUUUUAGAGAUUUCUUUGGGUUAUCGCCCAAGGAAGGUGCCUCUCUUAGCCCGAACGCGCGAUUGGUUAUGCAACUCGGGUAUCAAUCUAUCGAAGACGCUUGCAUUGCACCGAAGUCACUGUCAGGCCAAAAGUGGGGUAUCUUUACCGCCGUCAACGACUCAGGGUGGCGCGAGCGUAGAUUGGAAGCGUCGAAUUUAGAGGAGUACGCCAUUGGUCUGCAUGGGUCGGCGGAUGAUGCAGUUGGCGCCAGGCUGGCUUACUUCUUAAAUUUUACUGGACCGACGAUCGAGAUUAAGACUGCCUGCUCAAGCAGUGCUGUGGCAAUACAUCAAGCAUGCAUGGGUAUAUGCAACGGCGACUGUGAAGCUGCCGUUGUCAUUACAGUAUCCACACACUUUCACCCAGCUGGGGCACUCUUCCGAGCUCAUAACGGCAUUACUUCACCUUCCGGAGUCUGUGCACCAUUCUCAGAAAGCGCCGAUGGAUUUGUGGCUAGUGAAGGAGCCUGUGCUAUUGUACUUCAGAAGGCACCAGCCGCUAAAAUUCAACCUUACGGUUGCAUUUUGGCAAGUGCAAUCACGCAGGAUGGGGCUUCACGAGGCUUUUUUGCGCCAAACCCCAACGCCCAAACCCGCUUGCUACGUGAAGUUCUUUCAAAGGCCGGGAUAUCAGCCUCACAAAUUUCUUUUGUCGAAGCCCAUGACACUGGCACGCGACUUGGUGACUCGAUCGAAUUGGAAGCCCUGCAAGAGGCUUUCUGCAACGACCGAAUAGACCCCAUAUGUAUUGGCUCCUCGAAAGCUGUCAUCGGACAUACUGAAGAGUGUGCGGGGCUCGCCGGCACACUGAAAGUUCUGUUGUGUCUACAUCAUAAUGCCAUUCCACCUCAACCUCGGACUGGACCUUUCAAUAGCACCAUCUCAACUGGUCGGGUACAUAUCUGCAGAAAGAUAUCGCCCUUUGUCCACGGCAAAUUCCGACGUUAUUGCUCAGUUUCUUCCUUUGGAUUAUCAGGAACAUUGGCCAAUAUCGUCAUUGGCGAAACGAGUUCUGAAUAUUCCCUUCCUCCUGCGCCUCCUGCGCUGACAGCUUCUCCCAUAUUCGUAUUCGUUAUUAGCGCCAAAAGCGGUAACGACCUCUGCACGUCGAUUUCACGGUACUUAGAAUUCUUCAGCAAUCAGCAUCUUAGUGGAGACGAUCUUGAAGCUGCCGCCAGGACCACUCAAGUUGCACGGGAUCACCUCAGCGUCCGCUUUGCAUGGAUUGGAGAGACUUGGACGGACCUGAUUCAGUCACUCCGUGCGUUUCGUGUUGACAAACUCUCCCCUCCGCCUCUGCCGCGUCAACGAUUACGAGUGGGAUUAUGGUUCGGCGUGCCAUUUUUCGGUGUGGCUACUGCCAACAAGCAUCCGCUUUGCGAAUCACUUGCCCUAGAAAUGUCACAUGCGAUGUGGUCUACCUCGUACAAGUCGUUGUGGGACCAGUUAAUCGUUGCACUUGCUCUGCGUUCUCUGGGAUGUGAAAUCUCAGCUGUUGGCGGAGAUGGAAUGGGAGAAUAUGUGGCGGCAAUUUUCGCUGGCACGAUCGCACCGACUACCGUUUUUCGUGUUGUUGACGAAGGGAUUGCCAAUGCAGUACAUCCAGUACGGUGCUCCGCCACCACCCUCACGGAGUUUCUCGUCUCUCAUCGAGUCGACGAACUGAAGAUCAUGGGGCGCCACGGACCAGACCUUUUUACCGUAGGCGGAAAGGUGGAACAUAUCUCAGCAUUGGCAAAUGUAGCCAAUGCUACUGUCGGUGUACGCCUUCCCCCGCCCACGAUUAUAGUACCACCACCAUCAUUCCCCCCUCCUUCAGUUCCAAUUAUCUCCUCGCAUACAGGAAGCAUCCUUGACCAGGAAGCCCUAUCUAGUUUCCCCUACUGGUCUGGUGUCCAACAACGAGAAGCCUCAACCCCCGUCGCCCUCCAAGAGCUACAGUCACAAUGUGAUGUCGUUGUGAAUCUCACGCUUGAAGACGAAAUUGUUCGGGGACUCGGUGACAGGUGUUUGACCGGCCACGGCAAUUCAUUGGAGAGGAUUGUUGGUGGUCUAUAUCAGCGUGGUUCUUCCAUUGAGUGGGAGAAGUUCUCAUCGCAAGGUCGGCUGCUGCGUCUUCCUGGUUAUUGUUGGUCCAUGGACGAACGCGGGUCCUUUUUCGAAGUGUGA